AUGGGCUACGUACUCUCGAAACUGCGCGUGACACCCUCACGGCGUCCGGCAGAUACCAAGCAGAGCGACGGCUUCAUCAAGAAGCACCAGGACCACGGGAACAAAAGCCACCAACCAGUCCAGCCGCACAAAGCCCCGACGACCUUCCACUCCUACUCGAAGCUCCCCUUGGAGCUGAGAUUCAUGAUCUGGGAACACACGCUCCCAAACCGGUCCCGCGCCAUCGAGUUGAAAAAAGCCUCGAUGGAUAUCCCUGGUCAUCUGUACAGAGGUCGUAUCCGCGGCUACACCGUGUCCGCAUGGCCCCCAACCCAUGAUGCCAUCAGAGUCGCCCUGCUGGUCGACCGGGCCUCGAGAGCCUUGGUCUUCAGGAACUACGUUCCUCUGAAGCUGGGCCUGAGGGUCAGACAUCUUGAGUGGUACGAAGACUCCAGCCGUGCCAGGCUCUCCAUGGCGAGAGACAAGUGGCUGGUUCCGGGACACACGGUGUUCAUGAGCGAGCGGCUUGGGGACACUGUGGUGGCCAGGAGCCGUGAGGUGCUGGUCUUCCCGUACCGGCCUGCCCGGCAUGGGCUCGACACGGUCACCCUGACGUACGUUGGCUUCCCCAACUGGGACAUGGGCUUUGCCGAUGGCUCACCCGACACGCUCUCGGGGUUCUUCGACAAGUGGUGGGCCUGUCUGCCCCAGCAGCAGGACCGCGAUUCAUCCCCGGUCGGCUGGGAGGCCGAGAUUGAUUUCUGGAACUCGACCAAGGAGCACGACGUCCCGUACGUUCUGGAGCCCAAGGGAAGGAAGCCUGGAGCAUGCAGGCGGCUCGUCAAGAAUGGACGCUGA